UUCUCUGUCCAUAGACCCGAGCCCUCCACAGCAGAGCCCAUGACAACAUAGUACAGCCAGAAGUGGUCAGUGGUCCACAGUGCCAUGGCAGAAAUUUGUUAAAACCAUCAAGCGUUGCAAACAGGCCACACACACACACAAGUUCCCGCCACCACAGAGAAAGCACAGGUCAGUAUUUCCCAAAUGGUGGGUUCCUGAUUCCUGCUGUGUCGUGGCUUAAGACGCAGUCCUGACUAGAAACACUGGUGGCUUCAAGUCAGGUGGUUUGUUCUAGAUUAAUAAAUGCUUUCUAUGUCAUGUCUGUGUAAGGAUGUGGGUUGUCACGAUCAUCGCUGUGUCCUGUCUCUUUGUCGGAACGUCUCUGGCCGGGGUCAAGGACCUGGGCUCUCACUUCAGAUUCUAUGACCAGAGUCCGACCCCAAACACUGAGCCAGACCCACGAGGCCUUAGCCAGGGUGGAGCUCUGGACGUGGAGAACAUUCCUCUGGAGUUCCACAAAGAGAACACUGUGACCAACGAUCUGCCCCUGGAAGGCUUCGAGGAUGAAGACUACAUUGACUUUGACAAGAUCCUGGUUGAGGGGGGGGAUGACUACAGUGAAGGGGAUGAGAUUGAUGAGAUCGCAACUCCCGCUCCAGAUAUCGACAUCUUCGCUGAACCCUCAGACCCAAAGACGCGGCGGGCCAGACUUCUACGCCUAUUCCAUGGGCACUCACGCCUCCAACGAAUCAAUUUGGUCAACGCCCACUUUGGCUUUAAACUCUACCGUAGCCUUCGGAACGAUGUAAACCAGACCGACAACAUUCUGCUGGCGCCCAUCGGAAUCUCCAUUGCCAUGGGAAUGAUGUCACUUGGAGCGGGGCCCGGAACACAUGCGCAGCUUUACCAGACGCUGGGAUUUGCCGAUUUCGUCAAUGCAAGCCAUCACUAUGACAACGCUACUGUACACAAGCUGUUCCGGAAGCUUACGCACAGACUCUUCCGACGGAACUUCGGAUACACAUUGCGAUCCGUUAACGACCUGUACGUGAAAAAAGAGGUGGCUGUGGAACCGAGUUUCCGGGCAAAUACCAAGGCAUACUAUUUUGCAGAGCCCCAGUCAGUGGACUUUGAAGACAAGGUGUUUGUGGACAAGGCCAACUGGCGCAUCUCGAAGCUGACCAAAGGACUGAUUAGAGAACCUCUGAAGAGUGUGGACCCCAGUAUGGUGCUGAUGCUACUCAAUUACCUCUAUUUUAAAGGUACAUGGCAGCAGAAAUUCCCAAAAGAGAGGACUCACUACCGGAACUUCCGUGUGAAUGAAAAGACGAAUGUUCGAGUGCCAAUGAUGCAGAACAAAGGGAACUACCUGGUGGCUGCAGACCAUGAACUGCAGUGUGACAUCUUACAGCUACCCUACGCGGGGAACAUCAGCAUGCUCAUCGCCCUGCCCAGGAAGAUCUCUGGCAUGAGGAACCUGGAGAAAGAGAUCUCCCCCACCGUGGUCAACAAGUGGCUCAGUAACAUGACCAACAGGACGCGUGAGGUGGUGUUUCCCAAGUUUAAGCUGGAGCAGAGUUAUGACCUGAUAGAUAACCUGAAGGAGAUGGGCCUCACAGACCUGUUUGAGGAGAAGGGUGACUUCACGGGGAUGACUUCCGAGAAGAUCGCUAUUAACUGGUUGAAGCACCAGGGGACGAUCACCGUGAAUGAGGAGGGGACAGAGGCUGCGGCUCUAACCCAAGUGGGCUUCAUGCCCCUCUCCUCCCAGAUCCGCUUUAUCGUCGACCAUCCCUUCCUCUUCCUCAUCUAUGAGCACCGCACAGACUGCCUUGUGUUCAUGGGCCGUGUGGUCGACCCCUCACAGAGCUAAAAGCUUGGUAACGCUGUAUCUUAUAGGGAUAGUUCACCCAAAUUACACAUUGACAUAUUGGUUUCUUUACCCUGUAAGCAAUCUAUGGACAGAAAUCCAUGCUUUGGUUUUGUUUACCUGACCACUAAUUAGGGUGAACUAUCGCUUUAAUGUCUUUUUCCAGCUAGCAUCUACCCAAAGUAGGAAGCCAUUUCAAGAAUAUUUGCCUUUUAACCAAUCCUGCUGAUCCUACAAUCAGACUACUAACCGGUGUCUGAGGGAGAGGUCAGUUAGGAGUGUUUGUUAUUUGCUGUCUGUUAAUGUUCCAUCUCUCCCCACAUUUACAGUGGAGGCUGUUCAACUAGAAACCUUGAUAAUGUAUCGCCGUGACCACAUUAAUGCUAUGUUGUGACUGCUUUGGCUAUUCAAGAAACAUUUUAGAGAAAGUAAAUGUGUCAAUUUGACCAUGACUUAAAAAGGUUGGAUAUUUUGUAUUUUUUUAUGUAUUUAGGAGGUUUAGAUGUUCUGAAGAGUAUGUGAAGUUCUGUCAAGAAGUUUAGCUAAAAUAUAUGCAAAAGCAUAAGAGACGUUUGAAAUUACUUUUGUGUUGUAUGACAUACAUUAAAAGGGCUUUACAAGUUAAAA